CUCCGCAGCCUGGAAAAUACCGAGCCCCGGGGAGCGGAGCCCCCGAGCCUCUGAGCCUAGCCCGGAGGGAGGGAGAAAGGGAGGGGGCGCGCGGGGCGGGGGGGGGCACGGGGCGGGGCCGGGCGGCGGGACCCACUGCUCCUCCCCCCGGAGCCCCCGCGCGGCCCCGGUCGCCCGGGCAGCGGCGGCAGCGGCGGCGGCUGAGGCGCUCGCACCCCGGGCCCUGGCGGGCCCCCGCGGAGCAGCGGGCACAGGUCCCAGGAAGGUGGCGUCAGCAUCUGCAGCCGCGUCGACGUUGUCGGAGCCUCCGCGGAGGACCCAGGAGAGCGGGACUAGGACCAGGGCGCUGGGCCUCCCCAUGGAGAAGUCCGCUGCCUCAACAGAGCCCCAAGGGCCUCGGCCAGUCCUGGGCCGCGAUAGUGUCCAGGUGCCCGACGACCAGGACUUCCGCAGUUUCCGGUCAGAGUGUGAGGCUGAGGAGGGCUGGAAUCUGACCUACAGCAAGGCCGGCGUGUCUGUGUGGGUGCAGGCUGUGGAGAUGGAUCGGACCCUGCACAAGAUCAAGUGCCGGAUGGAGUGCCGCGAUGUGCCAGCUGAGACACUCUAUGACGUCCUACACGACAUUGAAUACCGAAAGAAGUGGGACAGCAACGUCAUUGAGACUUUCGACAUUGCCCGCUUAACAGUCAAUGCUGACGUGGGCUAUUACUCUUGGAGGUGUCCAAAGCCCCUGAAGAACCGUGAUGUCAUCACCCUCCGCUCCUGGCUCCCCAUGGGCACUGAUUACAUCAUUAUGAAUUACUCAGUCAAACAUCCUAAAUACCCACCUCGGAAAGACUUGGUCCGAGCUGUGUCCAUCCAGACGGGCUACCUCAUCCAGAGCACGGGGCCCAAGAGCUGCGUCAUCACCUACCUGGCCCAGGUGGACCCCAAAGGCUCCUUACCCAAGUGGGUAGUGAAUAAAUCUUCUCAGUUCCUGGCUCCCAAGGCCAUGAAGAAGAUGUACAAGGCGUGCGUCAAGUACCCAGAGUGGAAGCAGAAACAUCAGCCGCACUUCAAGCCGUGGCUACACCCGGAGCAGAGCCCGUUGCCGAGCCUGGCGCUGUCGGAGCUCUCCGUGCAGCACGCGGACUCGCUGGAGAACAUCGAUGAGAGCGCGGUGACGGAGAGCCGGGAGGAGCGCACGGGCGGCGCGGGCGGCGAGGGCAGCGACGACGACACCUCGCUCACCUGAUUGUGGCACCACCGCAGGGACCUAGACAAGAUGGAGUGGGGUCAGGGGUGGCGGAUCCUCCCGCGCUUUCUCCCCUCCCCCACCGUCUGCGCCUCCUAGAGACGGUGGGCUGGGGCCCAGGCUGGCGCUGCGGCCCCACUGGACACAGCCCCAAUAAACGAUCCCACAGCCUCA